UGAGUAGGCUCACCACAACGUAUAUACGAUAGUAUUUACUGAUCCGGGAAUAAAAGUCACCAUAUAUUAGCUUCCAUCAUAUAUAGUAACGAAUACACUCGGACACCCCACGCUCAGCUCUUCUCAACCAAUUGUACGAGCAAAAUGAAGUACAUUUCGACAUUUAUAUUGGCAUCAAGUGCCUUAUCGGCAGCAGUCUUGGCUUCCCCGCCAGUGCGUCGACAGAUGCCAGGCUUUAACAAUUGUAUCUUAGGCGAACGAGAAUGCGCAGAUCUACCAAUACAGUACACAGACGAAGCAGAUAUGGUUACAAUCUGCUGUCCACUGGGCCUAACCCUUCUCGAACCACCUCCUGCGGGAGCCACUGACGACGCAGCAUACUUUUGCGAAUGUGUACAACUCAUCGACCACGGUGGCAUACUGCCCCCUAUAGACGGGGGUGGUAUACUACCCCCUAUAGACGAGGGUGGCAUACUACCUCCUAUAGACGAGGGUGGCUUGCUGCCCCCUGUAGCGCCCUGCGAGAACGAUGGUACCACAUGCCCGGAGGGAUACAGUAUGGAAGAAAUUGAGGAAGAAGUUAGUGAUGUUAGUGAUGAUGUGGAUGCAACUGCGGGCCCUGACGCCGAAGUCAGUUCGGAACCUGAGGAGUGUUGGUGCACUCUAGGUGUGCCUGAAAUGGUGGUAGAGUACUCGAGCGAUGCACCGGAGGCCACCGAAGAAGUUUCGGAAACUGGCACGGUUGCUAUGGAGACCCUGGAAGAGUGAUAAGCUCAUAGGCUUUAUUUACGGGCGUUUGUUUACCCCAUGUGAAAGUGAGGCACAGUGCACGCCCGAGUUCAUAACCCCUACAAAUUGAGGUAUAUGUGCACCCACACGUAUAUCCAAACUUCUCAGUGUUGGUGUUAUGUAAAAAUCUCAUCCGGAAUCGCAGAAAAAAAAGUAGAAUAUGGUAGGCUUUCGAUGGCAUAUUCUAUAUAUAAAAUUGCAGCCCUGAAUAUAGAUUCUUCAAUAGAGUUUUAUUGAGUCUCUAAAUUUGUUAACAGGUGUAUUUGCCUUCAUCUGGGAGUCAAAUCCUCUUUCCCUUCUUUUUUCACUAAAUAACCAAAUAGCUUGAUAUCAACGAUACCGACUAACCGUCUAAGCAGAGCACGACUGUGGCUGAUAUAGAUUACAACGAUCCGAUUGUAGAUUGUUCAACUGCCAGCAACCAACAACCGCAUCACAUAGCAACCUCAUCUAUCAACAUAUGGAUGUACCGUCUGUCAGCGGGUCACUUAACAUUUCAGUAGUAUUUCAUACCGAGCUAUCUUCGAGUUAAGAGAUGUACACGGUUUGCAGAAGCCAAUGCAUGCUCCGAUCAGACGCGUUGCAAGCAUUCUAUAUACGUGUGUUAUAGAGGACACGUGCAUAUAUAUCAUCGUGUGCGUACACAUCCCAAUUACGAAUGUAUACACAGAAUGAUGUCAACUACAGAUUGCUUCUCUACUAGCAUUCAAAUAUUUUAAAGCUCAUAUUCUUCGUACUCCUCCUCUUCUUCCUCGACUUCCUCCGUCUUGGCCUCCGACU